UAGCCAGUAGAGAAACAGAGCGAGAGAAAGGCAAGAACUAUUUUUUUUUUUUUUUGUAAAAAUAGUGGCCUCAGACAAAGGUCUGUGUGUUUAUCCACCAGCAGGUCAAAGUAUGGCGCUGUUCCCAUUCUGCAAGAUACCCUCAGGACCAGUCAGAGUGACAAGAAUACAGCUGGUCCUGUACUGUUUUCUCCUAUCCCUUAUCAUAUACUUUCUCCAUGGACGGAAAUCUACUGUCGGUGUGGAGUCACCUCAUCCUAUCUUUCAUGCCUGGGGAAUGGACAAGGGAAGAGUAAUGACAGACACAACGGUUGUGAAGGCAGCGGCUCCCCUGGAGACACCAUGGGGUGCUCCUUUAGUGUGGGGUGAAACCCGUAACUCAGCUUGGCGUAGGGCUAAAUUUGCACAACGGGAAAUCCAUACAGGUCUGCUGACCAUCGUUGUGGGAACUUAUGCCAGGUUCAUCCGACGUUUCCUCUCAUCAGCUGAGACAUACUUUCUCCCUGGUCAGACGGUCACCUACUACAUUCUCACUGACAACCCCCGUUCUUUGGAUCCCCCCAUCGAGCUCGGGCCUGAUCGAGAGCUGAAGGUGGUUCCUAUUGCAGAGCUACCAGGGUGGGACAGGUUAGCCUAUCGCCGGAUGACCCUGCUUGCUGAUGCCAUCAGAAACCCAAUCGGCAGUGAGGUUGAAUACAUCUUCUGUGCUGACAUUGAUCAAGAGUUUGUCGCCCCUGUGGGAGAGGAGAUCCUUGGACAGCUGGUGGCCACUUUGCACCCAGAGCUCUACGGGAUGCCACGAAAUGCAUUUCCUUACGAAGUUGAAGAAGUCUCAUCAGCUUGUGUACAGGAGGAUGAAGGAGACUACUACUACACCUCUGAGUUGUACGGUGGGUUGGUUUCUGAGAUGUACAGACUGGCUCGAGCCUGUUCUUUGCUUAUUCUGCAAGAUCAGGCUAACGGGGUAAUGGCCAGGGGCCUCGAGGAGAGCUAUCUAAACCGCUACCUGAUCAACCACAGGCCGACCUGUGUGCUGUCACCAGAGUACAGCUGGUGGGAUUCGCCCCUAGCUGCUGAUGUGCCUGUACAGAGGCUAGUCUCUUUGGGAAGGCAAUGUGAUGUUUUAGACAAGCAGAAGAGAGAGGAGCAGAAAUGUUAAUCUGUGUAAAAUUGGGAUUCUGCUGGCCAAACCCAAAGAAGUAUGGAUGUCUCACUCCCACAAGAAGAACUACUGUUUUUAGAGUUCCAUUUCCUUUUGAAGUAGGUCUCUGUUCAAAUUGUAUCAAAUAGUGUUAUGAUGCGACAGGAGAUGAAGGAAAACAAUGAGGGAAAAAAGCACAUAUUCCAGCAAUCUUUAUUUAAUUCAGAUUUCAGAUUUUUUCAAUCUUCUGUUCUGUUAGCCAAUAAAUGUAGCCUGCAAACCCACAGAAGCAAACUGCACAAUCUGCUCUCAAUUAUAGACCCAUUUGUGUGAACAGCGUCUCUGCAUGCCUGCUAUCUCUUCCACAGCAGACAAAAAAGAAAUUGACCUGUCUCUUUAAACCAAGCACUGUCCUCUCCAUUAAUGUCAGCCUCAGAGAUACUGCUCCAGUGGCUUUGUGGUGAGCAGCGAUAAGAGUCAACAGUGUAAGUGCACACUUUCCCCACAGUGGCCAAUCAUUAACUGGAAGAGCUGCUGUUUCAAGGUCUUUAAAUACCAGGUGGGGGAAAAAAUUGAUACGAAGAGAUGCUAAAAUGUUUAAGCUCUAGCAAAAGCUAAAAUAGUUUUGAAAUCUGUAAAAGUGGUUCAGGAAGUAUUGAAAUAAGUUUCCAUUAAAAAAGGUUAUUUUCUUCAUCUAUGAACGGGAGUAAAACUUAAAGUCAAACGA